AGGUAGGGCAUUUUGAAAGCGCUGAGUGUAGGGAUGGUAAGAGAGAGAAAGACUGAGAGGGAAGGAACAAGGGAGGAGGAGAGGAGCAGAUCUCCAAGCAAGAUGCAUGACACUACAUCCUACAACAUCUGACUUCCCUGCCCCCCUUUGACAGGCGCGGAGUGCUUAGAGAAAGGCAGAUAGAGGAAGACAGGCAGACUCAUCCCUUCAGACAAGCAUGUCCUUUAUCACUCGUCCUGGCAUGGGUUUACUCAAACUGGGAAAUAUAUGGGCUACCAGGUCACUCGCUCUUAUGGCAGCAACUAGAGCAGCUAGAGAGUGAAACUACUGAGGAUGGAGCUCCUGUUCUGGUGUCCCACAUGAACACCAAAAAGAGAGGGUAAAUAUAUGCCACACAGUGCACCGGCUUGACUACCUCCUUCCCUCUGGAAACCUGUGACCUUGUUGCGAUUACUGUGUACCGCUGUCUACCUGACUGGUCUCCUGGAGCUGUACUGUGGCACAGCAAGUGGGGGUGUGAUUUACUCAGGUGGAAUACAAGGGGCCGUGGACUCAGCAGGGAGAGGGUGCAACUUUUGUUUUAUGGUGACGAGAGAAUGCCAGUCCUAACCCGUCACACUGAAGGAGAUGCAUUUCUGCUUGUGGUUCACAAAGUCUUGGAAUAAUCACUGAGGAUGGGACAUGGUGCUGUCCCUGAUCAAUUCUGCAAGAUCUGUUUUGCCAAUACAAAGGACAAAAGGCUAAUGACAAGCCUGAAUACAACACAGCUUUCAUGUCAAAACCACGUGGAUAUUACAAUGCACAAACCCUUCCCACGCUCUGAAAAAAAGGAAGAGCAGAGAGUGUUUCCAUCUCCCACAUCCUCCCACAGAAAUCUAAGGAUGCGAGGGAAUGAGGUAUGAGCUGUUUGGACUGCGUUUAAUCAACCCUACAGAGAGGUGUUCAUCCGGGGGGUCAUCACUUGUUCAGUCAGUACCAUGCUGGGGCUGAUGACAGCCUUUGCUGCAGCAUUUGUUAAAUCUUAGGUCAUUUGAAAUCACUUUUUUCAAAAAAAAAAAAAAAAAAAGCAAGCCCACAACGGAGCAGGCACGUAACAGAAUGGCGUUGAAGGAGCAAAGGACACUGCCGAGAUAAAAGAGGCGUUGGAGUAUGGUUGGCGUCUAUGACAUCCUGCCAACACAUCAGCACUUUGGUCAUUUGCUACACAAGCUCCUAACAAGGACAGUGAAUACAAGGGAGGGGAGAAUGCAUACCCCUCCUGUGCUGGGAUUCCAGGCCAUCAUGAGCAACUUCACUGUCCUCGAUAACGUUGAACCUCUUGACUUCGAAAUGGACCUGGACACUCCUUACCCUGUCAGCUUCCAGGUGUCUCUAACAGGUUUCCUCAUGUUGGAGAUUGUGCUGGGUCUCAGUAGCAACCUGACUGUUCUGGCUCUCUAUUGUAUGAAGUCAAACCUGGUGAGUUCUGUCAGCAACAUUGUAACCAUGAACCUUCAUGUGCUGGACGUUCUAGUGUGUGUGGGUUGCAUCCCACUUACGAUUGUGGUGGUGCUAUUACCACUGGAGGGAAAUAAUGCACUCCUUUGCUGCUUCCACGAGGCUUGUGUGUCCUUUGCUAGCGUCGCUACUGCUGCCAAUGUCCUGGCCAUCACACUAGACCGCUAUGAUAUCUCAGUUCGGCCUGCAAAUCGAGUACUCACAAUGGGACGUGCAGUGGCCCUAUUAGGGUUCAUUUGGGCUCUAUCAUUCCUCAGCUUUCUGGUACCCUUUAUAGAAGAGGGUUUCUUUAGCCAAGCAGGUAACGAAAGGAAUCAGACAGAGGGGGAAGAACCUUCAAACCAUUACUACAGUGAAUUGGGACUCUACUAUCACCUGUUGGCACAGAUUCCAAUCUUCUUUUUCACUGCUGUGGUCAUGCUGGUUACUUACUACAAGAUUCUGCAGGCACUCAACAUCCGUAUUGGCACACGUUUCCAUUCGGCACCCAAGAAGAAACCAAGAAAGAAAAAGACCAUCUCCAUGACUUCCACUCAGCCAGAGUCCACCGAUGCCUCGCAGAGCAGUGCAGGCAGGAAUCCACCAUUGGGUAUGCGUACCUCUGUGUCUGUGAUCAUAGCCCUCCGCAGGGCAGUCAAACGGCACAGGGAACGCCGUGAGCGGCAAAAGAGGGUUUUUCGCAUGUCACUUCUUAUCAUCUCCACCUUCCUGCUUUGCUGGACACCCAUCACCGUGCUCAACACGGUUAUCCUGAGUGCAGGGCCGAGCAACUUCACUGUGCGUCUCAGACUGGGCUUCCUGGUCAUGGCUUAUGGAACCACCAUUUUUCACCCGUUGCUCUAUGCCUUCACUCGGCAGAAAUUUCAAAAGGUUCUAAAGAGUAAAAUGAAGAAGCGUGUUGUGUCAGUUGUAGAGGCUGAGCCUAUGCCUAAUAAUGUGGUCAUCCACAACUCAUGGAUUGACCCAAAAAGGAACAAAAAGGUGACUUUUGAGGAGACAGAGGUCAGGCAAAAAUGCCUCUCAUCAGAGGAUGUGGAAUGAGCUACUGGGCCAAUUUUAGGAAAAUAUCCUCAUCAGGUAAAGAAUCGUUAAAAAGGGAAAACACUAAUCCAAAGCAGUAAUGAACUUAAGUGUAUUAAUUGUACAGUACCUUAAGGAGGAAUAAUUUAUUCUUAUUUAUUGUAAUGGUGACUAUUGUAGAUGUCAUAGAUGGUAGUGUAAAUACUGCAUGUGCUUUAUUAAAGUGGUUCUAGAGAUUGUACAUUCAUACCUAAGUAUAAACCAUAAAUGUAAAGAAGUAGAAACUGAUGCUCUUGGGUUUGUUCAUUUGCAUUAAAUACCCCAAAAAACA